GACCGAAUACAGUCGGGGGACAAAAUAUCAUGAGGGGAAAUGUCCAUUUUCCCAAAUUACCAACUAUACUGCGGCCCACAAGAGAGUAUCUUGUCGCCCGACGAAAACUCGUCCGAUUCCGCGCAUUCUCCACUGCUCGACAUUGCCGAUAGCUGUUCGGCAACGGUCAGCUGCGCUUAACCCUAUAGAUGUGUUGCGGUCGUGGAAAUAGGGCCUCGGAACGGUCUCCGCCGUCAGCCUGCAUGCGCAAAACGAGGAUACUCUCUCUCGUGGGCCGGAGUAUAGAUUUUUUUUUUUUACCUUGGAAAAAUUCUGAAGUAGAUAAUCGAAGAAUCUUUAUUGCUCUAAAAUGACACAAAAACUAAAAAAAACAUUGUAAAAUGAAUAUAUUCAUCAGUCUAAAAUAUUUUUUUUUCUAAAUGAGCGCCAAAAAUAUGUUGACAACAAAUAAUGUAUAAUGUCCUUGCAGUUCGAUAUGAUUGGUUGAGAAUGUCAAAUCAAUGUUACCACAAUAUGAUCACUCAUUGCAUCACUUAAAAAAAAAUAAUGACGUUUAUCAGUAUUUCUAGAUGAAUCACUUAGAUUUAGAACAUACUUUGUUAUUUCUAUAAAUCUAAAUCAUUAAGUCGCAUGUUCCCAACUUUAAUUGUAUAAAAACAAUAGCAUACGUUGUGCGUUGAUGUAAGCCGGUGUAGUUAUUUUCACCUAACCUCCUUUUAUUUAUGUGUUAUAAGGUGCAAUAAAAUAAUGGAAAAAGAUGAUGAAAAGUUCUUUGACGGAGAUCAGGUGGCCACGGUGUCUUCAAAUACUGGUUUAGUAAAGUAUGGGGUUUUUUCACAGCCGUUCAGAAAGACAUCAUAUAUGAAUCGUAAUAAGAUCAGAGUUUUCUGUUAUCCAAAUGGUGCUGAAGAAAAUAUCCCUGAUGAUAAAGUUGUGUUAAUGGAACGAACAUUUACGCCUGGCGAUGUAGUACGAAAAGUUAGUGAAGGCAAGUCAAGUCAACUUGGAUAUUGUGAAAAUAUUGAUAUACAUGCCACAGUAAAAAUACUUAAUACCAACAAAAUAAUAGAAAAUAUCAAUUCCCGAGACUUACCUGACAUAAAUGUAUGUCCAUAUUUAAUGUUUUAA